UGAGUACUGCUGACGGUCCCGAGCAUUCGAUCGUCCCAGCAACUCGAAACAUCAGGUCCCCUGCGUCGUUGGACCCUUCUUCCAAGAGUUACACAGCUAGACAAGCACAUGCCUCCAUGAGGUACCCACAGCACACAACGUUCCGCAACACACAUAGUCGGGUCACACGAAGCUACCCGACAUGGCUUCCUAUAAGUCACAGUAUGGUCCCCCAAGGAGAAUAGACGAUAAUACGCCCAUCACACGGUUACCAAAACGAUACAUCACGCCUCCUACUAUCACAUCCCAGCUACCGACUAGUAGCAGCCAGUCCAAGUUGCAGAAGAGGAGGCCCUCGCGCGAUGAGCCAGCGCGGUCAGAACGCGGACUGCCGAAUCAGAAAGAGCCCACACCAAGAGUCAGCUCGCACCAAGCGUCUAGUACAGCCGCAUCUUCAACCCUCCAAGCUUCAGGUUUUACAUCUUACAAAGCGAGGUCGACUAGCUCCUCAACUCGACUGCCAAAGCUUGAAGUACCCACGAGCACUCGAACACCUUCUCUUAUCUCAGGAUCUUCCGCAUCUACCAUCGAAAGCCCUCGCUCGAAUGUUUUGAGGAGAAACCAGCCUGGCGUAGGAGUUACAAGUAACCGACACACGACACGAGCUCGAGACGGCUCCAUGUCCUCUCAAGAAGGCGCCCGGCAAGCUGAGAGCAUUUCAGGUGACUUCAAAGAUCCUUUCAUCGAAUCUGUGUUCGGCAUCACUCUACCGCCAUCCUCCAGUAUUUUGGUCCGCUCCGAACUCGACCUUGAGUCUCCCCAGAACGGCUUGUACGACAACAUCGGCCCUUUGGAUAUAUAUCCUAUUCCAACACCCCACUAUGCAGUUUCAGCGACCCCCUCCACACGUUACGCAGACUCUCCCGGAGCUUUCAGCAUCUCAUCGGCUGCGACUUCGGCGACUUCUUACUCGCCAGCCACAGCUCUAUCGAAAUCUUCUCAUAGAGCUAGACAAGUAAGCCCAUUGGAGAGUCGACCACCUGUAAGCCGACACCGGGCUUCGGAAGAGCCCAGCAUCCGUAUAACACAUGGACUGUCGACUGUUCGCGAGUCGUCUACAUCAUCCUCUUCAGCAUCCACUGUUGUAGCUGAUGCAGGCAGGGUGGAUCUGGUGAAAAAACAACUACCCACUGUUCCACAAAGCCCACCAGUAUCCAAGGCAGCCCCAACAGUGCAGACGAAGCCUCGGACUCAACCUGUGCCAGAGCUUGCUCACUUAGCUGAGUCUUCUCCCGUAUCACCGCCGAGCUCAAGACGACCAUCGCGGCCGAGUAGAGAUGGAACGCCCGAGAUAUAUGGACUCCGAGAUCCUUCUCCAGUCAUCCAGAGUAACAUGGCGAGCUUUCCAAACCAUCACAGGCGAACAAGUUCAUCAGACUCAAAGUUCGGGUCCCUCUCCAGCGCGAGGUCUCGUAUGGCCGUACCGAUCAAAGCUUCUUCACGUAAUCCUUCGCCGAUCCCUACGUCAAGCAUUCCUGCUACGCCCAGUGCACUUAAACGUGGGACAACACCAGAUGAUCAGAACGAGCGUGAUGCGCACCGAUCCAGCACUCAUCCAGCUCCAGCUCCCAGCCCUGGCAAAAGAUUUGGGUUCUUCUCUCGACGUACGAAGACUGAUCCAGCACCGCAUUCCAGCAAAUCGGAAAGUAAGCUCGUGCGUAAAGGACCGACAGCAGGAACUGGACAUGAAGGGUAUGGAAGACAUGCAGCUAGGGGUAGGAGUAGCAAUUCGGUAGGCGCAAGCAUUGGACGAUCGACCAGUGCAGGCACGACAUCUGAGAGCUUGGCUCAGACUCCAUCGACUCGCAAGAGUAGCAUGACUAGCACAACUAGCGGCGAGAUGGACGACUUUUUCCUCAACAGACUGGCUCCCGUAAUCCUGCGGGGAGCCGGUAGCAGUUCGGAACUGACACGCAGUCCAGAACCGAUGAACAGCAGCAGCAGUCUGGAUGUAUCGAGCCGUGCAAAGCUGCCAAUGGGCAAUACAAGUAAUGUCACAGCUGAGCCUGUAAGCGUCAAAAUCCGACCUAGACUAUUACCCUCAGCAAUGCCGAACACUACGCGCAGUCAGUCGCCAGCAAAGAAACCGUUGAGAAGGCCGUCGGAAAGUGAUGAUGACACAAAGAAGUCGUUCCUACCCACACUCGCAUCAAGACGGACUUCGCGCGCAGUCAAGCCUGCAGAAGGCGGUUCAAGUCUGCCAAGAAGUCGUAGUAUUUCCAAGUCUCGCAAAGACUCUGCGAGCGACGAAAGCAGCUGGCUUCGCCCGUCAAAGAAGACCAAAGCCGAGAAAGAGAAGGAGCGACCUAAGCCGUCAAAGUGGAACUUUUUCUCGCGUGCCCACGCAGCUCCUCGAGUCGAAACACCCGCGACGCAUGAAGAUAACACUACAAGCCCAGGGCCUGGGUCGAGAUCUGUUGCGCACUAUGCGCUGAUGGAUGCGCCGUCCAGUCUUAACAUGCAGGAUAUCGAACAGCUUAUGAAGGAAGCCGCAGGCAACACCGACACAGAGAGCUUGCUUUCUGACAAUGAUUCCAUGCGGAGAGAGCGCAUGCAAUCGAUGCUCCUGCCACCCAAGCCCAUUCUGCCAGCUUUCGCCUCGCCUUCACGUCCUGCAUCACCUAAAGUUGUUCUGCGGUCAGAUCAGUCGCCGCAGCGGUAUGUCAACCUAAGGGUCAAUACCGAUGUGCAGCCUGUGUCUGAGCCAUCUCCAAGGCACUCACAGGCCGGCACGAUUUUCGACCUCUCACCACCUUCGUCGCCGGUCACUCAGCAACUAGACGCCAACAACGAGGCUGCGCCAUCGAGCGCACCGGCUCCUGUUGCCUUGCGUCUUUCUCAGCAUGUAGAUCUCCCUAUAGAGAAUCCAACUCCUCAGGAUACAGCACCCCGGAAUCUCCCUCGUCCGAGUCGAUUGCCACAAGUCGGGCGGAUUCCUCAAGUAGUGUCGACCCGCAGCAAACUCUGUCGGCCCUCAUCUCGGUCAUUUUCCAGACCAUUCGUCACUGAUCAGCCUCGUCCGAUUGCCCUCCCACGCACAUCUUUCGAGUCGAUUGGGUCGAUAGUCGCUACUGCUGGCCCCGUUGAGCCUUUCCCGAUACUACAAGGACUUGGUGCUCUUUCCCAUGGCUCAGCCAUUGCGACUAUCAGCCCUCUCUCUGAAGAAUCCCGUCAAAGCGAGUUUUUCAAGUUUCCGCCGCGCAAAGACUCAGAAGUGUCUUAUUCGAGCAGCUCGGGUGUCUGGAGUUUCGCUCCUGUCGCCGGUACAGCCGUUAUUCCUCCUCCAGAAGCACCAUUAUCAGAUGACGAGCUUUGGAAUGAGUACGACGAUCUGCUUGACCAGGUCGUCUCGCCCGGAGGCACAGUCAGGAAGGCUCCAGCACGCAACGAGCGUCUUUCAACCGAGCAGCGACCCCUCAAGACGAAAACUUCAUGUGUAUCAAUCCUUUCUGGCACCUCGGGCAAGGAGGCUUCGGUACCCUCGGUGCACAUUCGUCGGUCUCGAUUGCUUGCAGCUCUGUAUGCGCACCAAUCCCCGACUUCCUCAAUGGCUCUGUCCGACGUCAUCAACGAUUACAGCGAUCGCAAGCUUAGUGUGAUCGACUCGAGUACUGGUAGAUUGAGCCUCCCUCUCAGUCCCAGUCUGUCUACGGUCUCGGCCCAGAGGUGCUCGACACGGACAAGCUUGCCUGUGUCUCUGCCACUGUCGGACAGGCAAUCAAAGUUGUCAAUGGUCUCGCGGUCUGAUAAGGAUCGCAGUAGCACUACGGCCACUCGUUACAGGGACGCACACCUCAUGGACAUUGCCGAGGCCCAAACAUUUGGUCAUGCCUCGAUGGCCGAUCUCCGAUUUGGUGCUUUGAUGACAAGUAAAUGGCUCUCAUUUGGUCGCGUGCUAUUUAGCCCUGUGCACCACCAACUCAAAGAUGUUAACGAAGAUCGUAUCCUCGUGAUUGACGGCACUGGCAAGGAUUGGUCCUUCUACUGCGCUCUCACCUACUCCGACGCGGCCGUAUACGACCUCGGUCCUGCUCCAUCAUCUUCAUCUUCGACUGACAGGACGUCCGCGCCGCCAAACCAUCGUCAUAUCCGCCACUCUUCUCUCACCAACGCUUUGCCCUACCCGCAAAAUUUCUUCGCUUGCGUUGUUCUUCGCUUUCCUUCGGCACAAAGAUCGACUACUCAUCACUUCCUUCUAGCUGAGGCCAAACGGGUGCUUCGCCCAGGUGGUUACCUGGAGUUUAGUGUGUUAGAUCUGGAUCUUGUCAACAUGGGUAACCGUGCGCGACGUGCGGUGCGUCAGCUGAAGAUGGACAUCCACCGUGUUGAUGAUAGCAUUUCCCUCCGGAAUAUGAGUGAUGAGAUCAUCGCGGGUCUGGGCCGCAAGCGCUUCGUUGAAUGCAAAUCCUGCGUCGUAGGCGUACCUGUAGCUGGAAACCUACCGGCUCCAAACGACGUCAAUCAUCCCAUGCGGAAGAACAGCACAGCAAGUUCUCGCAGACGAGCCGACAGCAAUCUCCAACCUUCGAUACCGAAGUCAGAGCCAUCUUUCUCCGACCUUCUCAAAACCUCAACACCAUCUGCAUCAACCGACAGAGGCAUUGCCGAUAAAGUCGCACGCGUUGGUCGCUGGUGGUACUCUCGCUGUUAUGAGAGUAUCGUGCUGCCUGACUGGGAAGGACCAGAUGGACCUUUGCCAAGCGACAUCCUUAAAAACAGCAUCUGGCGCGACAACAACCUCAUCAACGAAUGCGAGGAGCUUGGCACGAGUUUCCGCAUGCUCAUCGGCUAUGCACAAAAACCUGAGGUUGGCCUCAGGCGUCACGUCAGCGUCUAACCCCCCUCCAAUCUUCUUUCGAUCCAACCGAGCUGUGCUCUAAUUG